GCCUGCCGCCCUCGGCCCCGCCGCCGAUCCCGCCUGCCGCCGCCUCGCGAGAGCCGCGCGACGCCCCAACCGCCGUCCGCCGUCCGCAGCCUCUCCGCGGCGCAGCGCCGGCGCCAUGCCCAAGAAUAAAGGCAAAGGAGGUAAAAACAGACGACGAGGUAAGAAUGAGAAUGAGUCAGAGAAAAGAGAGCUGGUGUUCAAGGAGGAUGGGCAAGAAUAUGCCCAGGUGAUCAAGAUGUUAGGCAAUGGAAGACUGGAGGCAUUGUGUUUUGAUGGUGUGAAGAGGUUAUGUCACAUUAGAGGGAAACUAAGAAAAAAGGUUUGGAUAAAUACAUCUGAUAUUAUAUUGGUUGGCUUGAGAGACUACCAGGAUAACAAGGCUGAUGUUAUUCUAAAGUACAAUGCAGAUGAAGCCAGAAGUCUGAAAGCAUAUGGGGAGCUUCCAGAACACGCUAAAAUCAAUGAAACUGACACAUUUGGACCUGGAGAUGAUGAUGAAAUCCAGUUUGAUGAUAUUGGAGAUGACGACGAAGAUAUUGACGACAUCUAAUUUGGAGCAGAGGUUUACAUUCCAACUUUCUUUUCCACCAAGGAUUGUUCUCCAGUGAUAUUUGGGUUAUUUUUUGGGGGGUGAAGUCCCUUUCUUUUCAGAAGGCUGAAAAUUCUCGAUAAAGAGUUGUAGUUUGUGACAUGGCAAAGGAUUUAUUUUCAAUGUUUGUUUUAAAGUAUUUAUAUUUCUUUAGAAAUGGAUAAUGCUGGAUUAUCACAAAGGUUCAAUGAAUUGCCACCAAGAUUAUUUUGUCCUCUUCACCAAUUAGAGCUUUUCCCCCCCCCCUCCCCCACCUCUGGAUGUGAGAUACAGUAACACAGGGCUGUAAAAGACUGCGAUUUUCCCCCUCCUCUGCUUUCAGCACUGCAAUUGCAGUGACAAACUUACCUUUUGAAAUAAAAAUUGUUUACCCCUGUAAUGAUCAUAUCCAUUUUGAUUCCACACAAAGACCCCACUUCCAGAUUUAGGACUCAAUCAUACUAUGCAGUGUCUGUCCUUUAUACCCCCUUUGGCCUUGACGUUCACUUGAAACAGAUUUUGAUAAGAGAAGCAAAAAGAAAAGGCAGGCAGAAAUCUGCAUUCAAACCCAAGGUGCACGAUCAGUCUGCUUUUCACCUCGAGUAGCACGCUGCUAUUUUUUAUACUGAUUUUGAUAAUUAAACCCAUUCAUUAUGUCAGAGGUGUAAAUUUGCCACGGUGGAGGGCUCAGAGAGAAGCUACGGUAAAAAAGGAAGCAGCAUCUCAGCCCUGCAGCUGUUACGUGUGGUGAGGCAGGUGUGGGCAAGCUGCAGUUGCAGUAGGUGAACACUGGGUGACCUCCCGCAGCCGCACAGGGAUGCUAAACGUCCCCGGUUGGGUUUGUACUGGAAACCAUCUCAAACUGGUUCUUCCCCCCCGGCCCCCCUCAAAUGGGUACGUUAAAGGUGUGAGCUAUUUUUACACUAUAGAAAAGGUUAUGUUCAGAGUAGAGUUUUUAUUUGAAUCCUAAAUUCCAUUGUGAGGUUUCAAGCUUAUGUGAACUCUGGAAUGACAGCAUCAGUGAGAAAAGAAAUGUGUGUCCAACAUAGGAAAAGAAUCUUUCCAUCCAGAAGAAGGCACUGGAAAGAUUCUUCUCUGCCUCCAGACUUGGAGGAGUCAAUUAAGAAGCUCAAUAAAGACUUAACAUCGUCAUGCAAUGAUUGCUUUGUGGUAGCCUUAGUUUCUUUGUCUUCAAUUAUGUAUUGAACAGCUCUGAAAGCAGGUUAAUGGAAAGCUUCCUUUUGUGCCAUAAAACUCUGAUUCUUGACACAUGUAUUCCUUAUACAGUUUUUGGUAUGAUGUAAAGUGACUACCCCAAGAGAUAAAACCAAAAUGGCUUUAAAUACA